AAAAAAUUAUUUAUUUUUAUUUUUCAAUAUUUGAAGUAAAAAUUUUUAUUAAAUAAACAAAAUUAAAUCAAAAUUCUUUUUAAAGAAAAACGCAUCUAAAUUAUUUUGUAAAAAUACUUACUUCCAUCAUCGGUGGCUUCCUUCUUCACCUUUUGUUUCUUUCUGCCUGAAAUAGAACCGAAAAGAAAAAGAUCAGAAAAUGGAAAAUGAAUUAAAGAGGCCAUCCGAACUGAUUCGGCUUUUUGUGAAUCCUCAUAUCCCAACUAAAGAAGAAUUCCAUGAGGUGACUCCGACUCAACUCGAAGAAUACAUUACCGAGACCAAAGAGAAGAAAUCUAAAUCCGAACACAAACGGAAUAAAUAUCAUGAACUGGCCAUAAUGGCAAAAGUAGACCACCUCACCACAGAAGCAGAAUUAGAGAGGUUACUGCAUAGCGACGUUCGAACUUUGAUUGUCCAGAAGAAUUACAACAGUCCAAAAGAUUUCAAACAAAUUUGUGAGAAAAUCGAAAAGUGCGUGGAUAGAUUCUAUUCAGAAAACCAGCACAGAACUCCAAUUGGAGUGGCAGUGGAGAUAAAUGGAGAACUUUUGAUUUCAGGUCGAAUGAGAAACAAUCGAAGUGUCUUUCUGGAGAUGGGUCAUAUUAUCGUUUUGACCAACAAUAAGGACUACCAAAACUGUUGUUUCAAGGAAAUCUUGUACGUGAGCAAUUUGUGGAGAUAUUCGGAAGUUGUGGGCCUUGGAGACGUUUUUGUGAUGGGAGCGGGAAGUCAAAUUGUGACGAAAGUCGUAAAAUGUGGCCCUAUGCAGUCAAUCACUGUGAAAGUUAUGAAACCAGGUCUCCUGACUUCAUUCAUGCGUUGUAAGUUGCCCUAUUACAUCGAAGCUAAGGAGCUAAGUGAAAAGGACAUUGCAGACAUCGACGAAGCUGUGAAAAAUGGAGCUCAUUUCCUUAUGAUUCCCGGAAUUAAAAGUGCUCCAUUCUUGAAGUUCACUAAGGAACACAUCGGAGAAGAUAUUGGCUUGCUGGGAUCAAUCGACUUGGAGUAUUUGGAAUCGAAGUUCAUUGAUAUGGCAGAUUUUCUGCUAGAACUUGAUGGGGUCGUAUUGAACGAUAUCAUUUAUCCAGCUUCACAGAAGCUUUUGGCAAACCCCAUAUCCCAGUGUAAACAUCUUCAGAAGCCAAUGAUAGGGAGAGUUCCAUUGGAUUCAUGCAAAGAUUUCAAGAAACUAGAGAAUCACAUGAGAUUCAAGCAAAUGGAUUGUUUGUUAAUCCAGAAGAGUCCACUUCGACAGAAGUUUCCUCUCAUCGCGAAGAAGUUACUCCCAGUUGGGAAUCUUAAACUGAAUCUCCCUCCAAUUGAUAGUUUGUCAUGUAAGGAUGGAAUAAUUAACUUUGUUCUGCGAAUUAUCUACUCGAUUCCUUGUCAGGGACUUGUGAUUACUAAUUCGUGCUCGAAAGCGGCUGUAGCAUUUUCGUAUUAUCAAAUCUAUUGCCCUGUAAUAGUUGUCGUGGAUAAUGAUCAAAUGGCACGUGUAUUGAACCUUAGAAAGAACCUCAAAACUGUUAUUUGCGGCGAUAAGAACCUAGCUAUGGAUUUGGGUAUCGAUUUUGGUCGAAAACAGGGAAUUUUCACAACGGGUGACUUUAUCAUUUCAAUUUCGGACAGUUUGGAGGCGAACUCUCAGGUUUGUGUGAAUCUUAGGGCGCACUUUCUGCCUCCAAUAGUACAAGAAUUGUUUAGCUAACUUACCGGCGCCUUUGGAAACCUUGGAUUCGGCAAUAUCGCUGUCUGAUGAUAUCUCUUCCAGGGAUAUGUGCUCUGUAGAUAAAAAAGAAUAAAACAUGUUCUUAAAAUAGUA